CGUUUUUGUUGAAUUUCUUUUUGAUGACACGAACUGCCAACCUUAAUAACAUCAAACUAACAAGAUUUGGUGUUUUGCAAAUAAUGGAUGAAAUCAAAAAUAAAUUUGUAGGCAAAUGGAAACUUGAUAGAAGUGAACGAUUUGAAGAUUUCCUAAGGGAAUGCGGUGUUAAUUUCUUUGUCCGUAAGAUGGCGGGCAUGGCCUCACCCGUGUCGGAAAUCUCCGUCAAGGAGGGCGAUAAAGUACAUAUUUCCAUGGUAACCUCUUUUAUGACACAGGAGGAUUGCUUUAAGCUUGGCGAGGAGUUUGAGAAGGACAUGCGUGGGAAUAAGAUGGUGGGUAAGCCAUCCGUAGUAGAUGGAAAGAUUAUUAUUGAGUACACUCCCACAGACCCAAGCAUAAAGCCACAGAAAGUGACGAGGGAGGUCAUCAAUGGAGAAUUAGUGCAGACUAUGGAAAUCGGAGAUGUAACUUGUAAGCGGUUUAUGAAACGAAUGGAUUCAGAAGUUUGAGCAGUAGCCACAGCGGGUCUUGUGGUUUUCGAACUGUAUUUUUGUUCAUGUGCAAUGACUUUGAAAAAGGGAUCAAUAUUGUAUCGCAAUAAUAACUUAUAAAAUAUACAUUAUAAAUCUUUUUAAAUUA